UGUAAGUGUCACUUAGAGAUACCUUCAGAUCUGGUUAGGAGGCCAGGAAGUGGUGGUUCCACAGGACUGCAUAUGUUUGUAUUCUUUAGAAGUUGUAGCAUUAGGAUCUGGCUUCCAAACAGCCUGAAAUUAGGUGGUAAACAAUAUCUGUUUCCUUAGAUCACUGACAGGUCUUGACACACUCUCAACAACAGGGGCAUAUCAACAAUGAAUUAGGCAGUUUGGACAAUCAAAAAGGUCCAAGAGAUAACCAAGAGCUACGGGGAGGUUAAAUGAUGAGGUUCAUCACUUAAACAAGGAUAUUCUUUUAAGGUAAGAGAAGUAACUAUUUCAUGUGAUACAUAGAAAGAAACACAGAGAGUCAAACAAAAUGAGGAAAUGGAGAGAUAAGUUCCAAAUGAAAGAACAAGAUAAAACCUCAGAAAAUAUCUUAAUGAUAUGAAGAUUAAAAUCUACCUGAUAAAGAACUCAAAGUAAUGGUCACAAAGAUUCUCACCAAACUCAGAAUGGAUAAACACAAUGAGCACUUCAACAAAGAGAAAGAAAACCUAAGGAAGUGUCAAAAGUAAGUCACAGAGCUAAAGAAUACAAUAAAUAAAUUGAAAAAUACUUCAGAGGAGUUCAACAUCAGACUGGAUAAAGCAGAAUGGAUCAGUGAACUGGAAGGUAUGCACUGGAACCCAGCCAGGCUGGGAACCAAAAAGAAAAAAACAAAUUUAAAAAGUGAAGAUAGCUUAAGGGGCUUAUGGGACAACACCAAGUAGGAUAACAUUCACAUUGUAAGGUUCCCCAAAGAAGAGAGAGACAAAGGGGCAGACAAUCUAGUUGAAGAAAUAAUUACAAAAACAAAUUGUUACACACAAAAGAAACCUCAUAAGGCUAUCAGAUUCAUCAACAGAAACUUUGCAAGCCAGAAGAAAGUGGCAUGACAUAUUCGAAGUGCUAAAAGGAAAAAAACUUACAACCAAGAAUACUGUACUUGGCAAGGUUAUUAUUCAGACUUGGAGGAGAGGUAAAGAGUUUCCCACACAAACAAAAGCUAAAGGAGUUCAUUACUACUAAAUCAGACCUUAUAAGAAAUAUUAAAAGAACUUGGGGUGCCUGGGCGGCUCAAUUGGUUACUCAUCUGACUCUUGAUUUCAGCUCAGGUCAUGAUUCCAGGGUCAUGAUAUUAAGCCCCAUGUCUGGCCCGCAUUGGGCUAUGCACUGGAUGUGGAGCCUAAGAUUCUCUGUCUCCUACCCCUCUGCACCCUCCCCCACUUACACACACGCUCUCUCUCUCUAAAAAUAAAGAAUAAGAAUAAUAAAUAAUAAAUGUUAAAGGAACUUUUUAAAGUGAAAAAUAAGAAACCAUAGAAAAGUAAAAAUCUCCUGGAAAAGGUAAAUAUACACUAAAUGUACUGGAUUCAUCAAUUUUUAAGCUAGUAAAAAGGUUAAAAGACAAAAGUAGUAAAAUUAACUAAAACUACAAUAAUUAGUUAAGGGACAUAUGAAAUAAAAAGACGUAGAAAGUGAUAUCAAAAACACAAAAUGUGGGGAGGGGGUAAUAAGAGUUUUUGAAUGUGUUCAAAUUUAAGUUAUCAACUUGAUAGACUGUUAUAUACAUAGGAUAUAUAUGUGAACUUCAUGGCAACCAUAGGGCAAAAAUGUAGUAAAUACACAGAACAAAAUGUGAACAGAAUCUAAACAUAACCCUAAAUAGAAAGUCAUCAAACCACAAAGCAAGGGAGAAAAAGAAGAAAGGAAGAGAGAGAAACUAUAAAACCAGCUGGAAAACCAUUAACAAAGUGGCAAUUAGUACAUACUUAGCAAUAAUUACUUUAAAUGUAGUGGACUAAAUUCUCAAAUUAGAAGAUAGUGUGGCUGAAUGGAUUUUUUAAAAGAUGCAUUUAUAUAUUGCCUACAAGAGAAUCACUUUGGAAGUAAGGACACACACAGACUGAAAAUGAAGAGAUGGAAAAAGAUAUUACAUGCAAAUGGAAAUGAAAAGAAAGUUGGUGUAGAUAUAUUCAUAUUAGGUAAAAUAGAAUUUAAAACAUAAAAGACAAAGCCACAAUAUAUAACAAUAAAGUGGUCAGUCAAUCAAAAAUAUAUAACAUUUUAUAGAUAUGUAUGCACCCAACAUCAGAGCAUCAAGACUUACAAAACAAUUAUUAACAGACCUAAGGGAAGAAAUGGAAAGUAAUACAAUAAUUGAAGGCAAUUUUAAUACCCCACACACAUUAAUGGAUAGAUCACCCAGACUGAAAAUUAAUAAGAAAACAGUGGCCCUAAAUGACACAUUACACCAUAUGGAUGUAAUAGAUAUAUACAGAAAAUUCCAAGUGUACAUAGAACAUUCUCCAGGACAGAUUACAUGUUAGGCAAGUCUCAAAAUUUUAAGAACAUUGAAAUCAUAUCAAGCAUGUUUUCCAAACAAAAUGGUAUGUAACUAGAAACCAAAGAUAAUUAUUGAAAAUUUAUAAACAUAUGGAGAUUAAACAACAUGCUACUGAAUAAUUUUGGGUCAUAGAGGAAAUCAAAGGAGAAAUUAAAAAAUACUUACAGAAAAAUUAAAACAGAAAUGUGACAUACCAAAAUUUAUGGAAUACAGCAAAAGCUGUUCCAAGAAAGAAGUUCAUAGGAACAUAGGGCUUUCUCAAAAAACAAGAGAUAUCUCAAUAGACAAUUUAAAUACACCUAAAGGAAGUAGAAAAAGAACAACAAAGACCAAAAAAAAAAAAAAACCAAAGUUAGUAGAAUCAUAAUAAUAAAUUAAAUAAUAAAGAUCAAAACGUGGAAAUAAUGAAAUAGAGACUAAAAAGAUAAUAGAAAAGAUAGAUGAAAACGAAAAUAAGCGCUGAUUUUUUGAAAAGAUAAAGCUGAAAAACUGUAACUGUACUUAACAAAAAAAGAGAGAAAAGACUCAAAUAAAAUUACAAGUGGCAAUGUCACCAAGUCUGCCAGAAAGGUCAGAAGGCUAAAUGAAUAUUAUCCCCAAUACCUGCCACCCCAAGGUUAAUCAGUGGUGGAAGAAUGGUAUCAGAACUGUUUGUGUCAAUUGGCCAUCUAAGUUUAAUAUUAAAAGACUGGUUAAUGAUAACAAUGCAUUGUAAAACCUUCAGAAGGAAAGGAGAAUGUUUUGUGGACCAUUUGUUUUUUGUGUCUAUGUGACAGUUUUAAGUUAUUAGUUUUUAAAAUCAGUACUUUUUAAUGGAAACAACUUGACCAAAAAUCUGUCACAGAAUUUUGAGACUCAUUAAAACAAAAGUUUAAUGAGAAAUAAAAAUUACAAGUGAAAGAGAAGUUACAACUGAUGCAAGGAAAAUACAAAGGACCAGAUGAGACGAAAGUAAGCAAAUGAGACCACAUCAAAUUAAAAAUCUUCUGCAUAGUGAAGGAAACCAUCAACAAAAUGAGAGACAGCCCACUGAGAUGGAGAAAAUAGUUUCAAAUUAUUUAUCCAAUAAGUUUUUGAUAUACAAAAUAUAUAAAGAACUCAUACAACUCAAUAACAAAAAUUUAAUUUAAAAAUGGUCAGGGAUCUGAAUAGACAUUUUUUCCAAAGAAGACAUACAGAUGGCUAACAGGCUAAGGAGAAAAUAAAAAGAUCACUGGUUGCUGGUGAGGGGAAAGAGAUGAAUGGGAAAAGCACAGAGAAUAUUUAGGUCAGUGAAAAUACUCUGAUAUUAUAAUGAUGGAUAAUGCCAUUAUACAUUUGUCCAAACCCAUAAAAUGUAUCACACCAAGAGUGAACUGUAAUGAAAACUAAGUGAUUGUAUUGUGUCACAAUUAUACUAUGUCAUAAUUAUGAUGUUUUAAUGUAUGUUCAUUCUUGGUAAAACUUGUAGCUUUCUGUUGAGUGAUGUUGAUAAUGGGAGAGACUGCAUGACUGGGGGCAAGGGCUAUAUGGGAAAUUUCUGUACCUUCCCUUCAAUUUUUCUCUGAACUGAAAACUGCUCUACAAAAAUUAGUCCUUAAGAAGAAGAAUAAGGAUUUAGGGAAAAGAAAAACUUAACCAAGGAGGUGAAAGACUUGUAUUAAAAACUACAAAACAUUGCCAUUCCUUGCUGCUGUGGACUCUGGGCCGCUGGGGUCAGUGAAGGAUCUCAAGAUGGCUGGGCAAAAACUUGUUCUAAAAUCCAUUGACUGGGUAGCUUUUGGGGAGAUCAUACCCCGAAACCAGAAAGCCAUUGCUAACUCCCUGAAAUCCUGGAAUGAGACACUUACCUCCAGGUUGGCUACUCUCCCUGAGAAACUACCUGCUAUCGACUGGGCUUACUACAAGGUCAAUGUGGCGAAAGCUGGUUUGGUAUAUGACUUUGAGAAGUUUAAUGCCCUGAAGGUUCCUGUGCCAGAGGAUAAAUAUACUGUUCAGCUGGAUGCUGAAGAAAAAGAUGUGAAAAGUUGUGCUGAGUUUUUGUCUCUCUCAAAGGCCAGGAUUGAGGAAUAUGAAAAAGAGCUGGAGAAAAUGAGGAACAUAAUUCUAUUUGAUCAGAUGACCAUUGAGGACCUGAAUGAAGUCUUCCCAGAAACCAAAUUAGACAAGAAGAAGUAUCCCUAAUGGCCUCACAAGCCAAUCGGGAAUUUAUAAACUUGAGUUAGGGAGAAAGCUCUGACCCUCGUAUUAUAAAUGCUGGACAUUAAAAAUAAUGAUAUGGUUAAAAAAAAAACUACAAAACAUUGAUGAAAGAAUGAAGACAUAAAUAAAUGGAAAUAUACCUUAUGUUUAUAGAUUGGAAGACUUAAUAUUCUUAAUAUGUCCAUACUAA